GGCCGACUCAUGAUGGUAGACAAUAUAGAAAAGCUACAAUUUUUAGACAACUACACAUCAACACAUAACAUUUAUCGCAUUUGGAUAGGAUUAGACGACAUGGCAACUGAGAGCGUCUACAUGUGGUCUGACCAAACACAAGCCAACAUGUCCGAAAUUUUAACUCUUUUCAUUCAAGGAGAACCAAACAAUGACUUAGGCAUUGAGGACUGUGUCGAGUUUAGGCGUAAAUCAAAAUCAGCUAGUGGUCUCAACGAUACUCCUUGCGAUUAUUAUCGUCCCUUUAUUUGUGAACACGUUGUUUAG